GUAUUGACGUGAGUGCCGUGGGUGUGACGUCAUGACGUAACGAACCCGGAAACCCGCCGGUCGCUUGUUGUUUUUGUUCUGAUUCGUCAGAAGCAGAAACCUCCGACUGUACUGGACCGUAGCGGACCGUAGCGGACUGUACUGGACCGUAGCGGACCGUAGCGGACUGUACUGGACCGUAGCGGACCGUAGCGGACUGUACUGGACCGUAGCGGACCGUAGCGGACUGUACUGGACCGUAGCGGACUGUACUGGACCGUAGCGGACUGUACUGGAGCGUAGAGGACUGUACUGGACUGUACUGAACCCAGCGGACCGUAGCGGACUGUACUGAACCGUAGCGGACCGUAGCGGACUGUACUGGACUGUACUGAACCGUAGCGGACCGUAGCGGACUGUACUGAACCGUAGCGGACCGUAGCGGACUGUACUGGACUGUACUGAACCGUAGCGGACCGUAGCGGACUGUACUGGACUGUACUGAACCGUAGCGGACCGGAGCGGACUGUACUGGACCGUAGCGGACCGGAGCGGACCGGAGCGGACUGUACUGGACCGUAGCGGACCGGAGCGGACUGUACUGGACUGUACUGGACCGUAGCGGACCGGAGCGGACCGGAGCUCAUCUGUUGUCGGCUCGUGGUGAGUGCAGUCGCCGCCAUGAACGUGACGCUCGCGGUGAAGCAGUACAUCUCUAAGAUGGUGGAGAGCAGCGGGCCCGGGAUGAAGGUUCUGCUGAUGGACCGGGAGACGACCAGCAUCGUGAGCGUGGUGUACACCCAGUCAGAGAUCCUGCAGAGGGAGGUCUACCUGUUCGAGCGGAUCGACUCUCAGAGCAGAGACAGCAUGAAGCACCUGAAGGCCAUCUGCUUCCUGAGACCCACCAAGGAGAACGUGGAGCAUCUGAUCCAGGAGCUGAGGAGACCCAAGUACAGCGUCUACUUCAUCUACUUCAGUAAUGUGAUCAGUAAGAGUGAGAUCAAAGCUCUGGCUGAGGCCGACGAACAGGAAGUGGUGGCUGAAGUCCAGGAGUUCUAUGGAGACUUCAUCGCAGUGAAUCCUCACCUGUUCUCCCUGAACCUGCAGGGCGUCUCCAGGGGGCGGAGCUGGGAGCCGUCCAUGUUGUCUCGCUGUACUCAGGGUCUGACGUCCGUCCUCCUCGCUCUGAAGAAAUGUCCCAUGAUCCGCUACCAGCUGUCGUCAGACAUGUCCAAACGUCUGGCCGAGAGCGUCAAGCAAAUCAUCACCAAAGAGUACGAGCUGUUUGACUUCAGGAAGACGGAGGUUCCUCCUCUGCUGCUGAUUCUCGACCGCAGUGACGACGCCAUCACACCGCUGCUCAACCAGUGGACGUACCAGGCGAUGGUCCACGAGCUGCUGGGCCUGAACAACAACAGGAUUGACCUGUCCAGAGUCCCGGGGAUCAACAAAGACCUGAGGGAGGUGGUUCUGUCUGCGGAGAACGACGAGUUCUACGCCAACAACCUGUACCUAAACUUUGGGGAGAUCGGCACCAACAUUAAGAACCUGAUGGAGGAUUUCCAGAAGAAAAAACCUAAAGGUCAACAGAAGCUGGAGUCCAUCACCGACAUGAAGGCGUUCGUUGAUAACUACCCUCAGUUUAAGAAGAUGUCGGGCACGGUGUCCAAACAUGUGACGGUGGUGGGCGAGUUGUCCCGGCUGGUGUCGGAGCGUCAGCUGAUGGAGGUGUCUGAGGCAGAGCAGGAGCUGGCCUGUCAGAACGACCACUCCAACGCCCAGCAGAGUGUGCGUCGUCAGCUGCAGAACCCUCGUCUGUCGGAGCUGGACGCCGUCCGCCUCGUCAUGCUCUACGCCCUGAGGUACGAGCGCCACAGCAGCAGCAUCCUGCCGCAGCUGAUGGACGAGCUGAGCCGCAGGGGCGUGUCCGAGCGCCACCGCAGGAUGGUUCAGUCUGUGGUCGAUUACGGAGGAAAGAGAGUCAGAGGAAGUGACCUCAUCACGCCGACUGACGCUGUCGCCAUCACCAAGCAGUUCUUCAAGGGACUCAAGGGUGUGGAGAACGUGUACACUCAGCACCAGCCUCUCCUCCAUGACUCUCUGGAUCAGCUGAUCAAAGGUCGACUCAAAGACAGUCAGUUCCCUUACCUGGGAGCGAGCAGCCUGAGAGACAGGCCUCAAGACAUCAUCGUGUUCCUGAUUGGUGGAGCCACGUAUGAAGAAGCUCUGAGCGUCUACAACAUGAACCGGAGUUCACCUGGAGUUCGUAUCGUCCUGGGAGGAAGCAGCAUCCAUAACACCAAGAGUUUCCUGGAGGAAGUGAUGUCAUCGACAGGACACAGCGGUGACAGACCACAAGGGAGUGGUCGCCAUGGCAGCAGACGCUGAUGGAUAAAAAGAAAAAACAGUUUGUUUUUAAAGGAGCAGUCCACAGAUUUCUCAGAUCCCUGUUUACUGAUGUGUAUAUAUAUAUAUGUUAUUGUGAGGGAGGGGAGGGAGGGGUGAUGAUGUCACCUCUGACAUCAUCAUGAAGAGGAGCUGACACGAUGACCUCAUGAACCUGUUUCCUGUUAGGUUGUUUGUGGAAUGUGGUGAAUCUUUAAAAGUAAAAUAUCAAUAAAUAAGAAACUUGAGAAACAAA